UGUUAAUAAUAGUUGGUCUAAAGUGAAAGGGAGGUUCAACUAAAUUAAAAAUUUACAAAACCAGUCUCGCCUUGUGGUUACAACAAAGAUUGCUCAGCUCUGGUGAAGUGAACAUGCCGUUGGCGUCGGUCCUGAACUGUCCUACAGUACCACUUUCCAAUGGUCUGCAGAUCCCCGUGCUUGGUUUGGGCACAUCACAUAAUGGUGGUUACGCCCACGAUGCAGUUAUGUAUGCCCUCACUGAAUUUGGCAUCCGCCACAUUGACACAGCAAAGCGUUACGGCUGCGAGGCCGAAUUGGGUAAAGCUGUCAGAGAAAGUGGGCUUCCACGAAGUGAUCUGUGGCUCACGAAUAAACUGUGGCCCGGCGACUAUGGAUAUACAGCUGCAAAAAAGGCCUGCCUGGACUCCUGCUUGGAGAUGGGGGUCGAGUAUUUUGAUCUGUACCUGAUGCACUGGCCAGGGUCAAAGACACCUGGUGGUUCCAACAGGGAGAUGAGAGCUGAGACCUGGAGAGCUUUGGAAGAACUUUAUAAGGAAGGUGUGUGCCGUGCUAUUGGGGUCAGCAAUUUUCUGGUCCACCACCUGGAACAGCUGAAAGAAGACUGUACUGUGGUGCCACAUGUUAACCAGGUUGAGUACCAUCCUUUCCAGCAGCCAAAUCACCUGAUUCAAUACUGUCGUCAGGAGGGAAUUGUGUUUGAAGGGUACAGUCCUCUGGCCAAGGGUCAAGUCUUCAACAAUCCCACUGUUCUCCAGAUAGCGGAAAAGCACAGACGCACGCCAGCUCAGAUCUGCAUCCGCUGGAGUAUUCAGAACGGAGUUGUGACAAUACCAAAAUCGACCAAAAAGAAGAGGAUACAAGAAAACUGUGAAGUGUUUGGAUUCCAGCUGGAGGACGAGGACAUGGCUGCUUUAGGAAGCUUGCAUGAUGGAAGACAUGUUACUUGGGAUCCAACAAAUGUGGAAUAAGAAUAAGUGGGAAGAUGGAGGGUUUCCUGGAAAUAGAUUCGACUGUGAUGUCAAAGUUUAUUGAGCUACAUCUUCAGAUAAUGUGUAGACAAACACGAAGGACAAAACCAUUCCAAGUGCCUUACUUUAUAGAACUGUUGAUUUAUUUUUUGUGAUAUAUAUAUAGUAAGAAAGGUGUUGUAAACGCAGAUAAUGAUAUCUUUACCUUCCCAGAAACGUGGUUGUGAUUGUGAGCUUGACUUGAAUAAAAUCUAUUUUCACAUUCAAAAUCAGGGAAGGGAUCAAGUGGUUUCUAAGACGAUCGUAUCUAUGGUUGCAGUAUAUAAAACAACUAAACUCAAGGCUGUGACCUUUCAUUGCCCCUUUUAUUGCCCCUCUUCUCCGCAAAUGAAAUCUUUGGUUUACUUCAGCUGUAAAAUCUAUAUGUACCAAUAAAAAAAUGAAUA